AUGAAGCUCACCGGUCGGCUCUGCUUUGCUGCCGUCUCCCUUUUUUGGGGAGUUUUAGGCGAUUGCCUCACCGUCAACACCACAAACGGCCUGAUCACUGGCCACCCGGCCCCAUUUGCUUCCGGCGUCAAGGAAUUCCUCGGAAUCCCAUACGCAAAAGCCCCGGUCGGCCAGCUGCGAUUCAAGCCUCCCCAGAGGUACGUGGGCAACGAGCCAUAUGUCGCCUCGAACUUUGUAAGUACAGCUGACUGCGUAUUCACGCCAUCCAAAUUGGUCGCCUUCCCGGAUGCAACCCCGAAUUUCGCUGAGAUUUUUACCUCCUUUACCGGAGGACGCGGCAACCCCCAAAGCGAAGAUUGCUUGACACUAAACAUAUGGACAAAAGGCCUCAACAACGCAAAGAGGCCCGUACUUGUCUUCUUCUACGGAGGAAGAUUCACGACUGGAGACACCAACACCCCAUUCUACAACGGCCAGUUCUUCUCAGCCGCUGAAGAUGUUAUCGUAGUCACCGUGAACUACCGUGUUAGCAUCUUUGGAUUUCCCGGCGCCCCCGGUCAAACUCAGAACUUGGGUUUGAGAGACCAGCGCCUUGCAGUCGAGUGGCUCCGAGACAAUGUGAAGGCUUUUGGAGGAGACCCUAAGAAAAUCACUAUCUUCGGUCAGUCUUCUGGCAGUCUCUCUGUGGAUGCUUAUGCCUUCGCAUACACGCAGGACCCUAUUGUUGCGGGUCUUAUUGAACAUUCCGGGACCAUCUUCAGCUUUGAUCUGAACUCAAGGGAGCUUGCAACGAAGCAUUGGUAUAACGCUUCUGCCCUUGUUGGAUGCGGAUCGCAAGGAGAUGUGCUCCCUUGCAUGAUGAGUAAGAGCGCAGUCGAGCUCAAGGCUGCUGCUGCUUCGGUUAAACCGCCACCAAAUACCAGCGUCGCGCGGUCUCAGCCAGUGUUCCAGCCUGUUCCAGACGGCGAUAUCGUUUUUGAUGACUACCACUCCCUGGCCUCUCAGGGCAAAUUUGCUCGUGUACCCAUGAUUGUUGGCCACACGGACCAGGAAUCGUCCUUUUACAACAUCUCUGCAUGGGCCAGAGGCAGCGUGCUCACCGACGCAGAAUGGGCCCAGUUCGUUACCGACGUCUUCAAUUGCCCGUCGAUGGAGGAGGCGGAUUACAGAAACAACUAUCACGUUCCUGUCUGGAGAUAUCGCUACUUCGCUGAUUGGGAUAAUACUCGACUCUUUCCCAACAGCGCUGCAUAUCACGGUGUUGAUCUCCAUAUGAUUUUCGGCAACUCGCAGGGUGUCACUGGAGACCCUGAGUCCCCUGCACAGACUCAACUGAAGAAGACCAUGCAAAAAGCUUGGGCCACUUUCGCCGCGAAUCCUUGGACCGGACUAAGGGACCUAGGGUGGCCUAUGUACCGGAAGAACGCCAAUACCUUGAUCCGCCUGGGCUACAAUAAUAACCCUGUUCCAUCUUUCAUCAACCCGGCGACCUACGACGCCGACUGUGCUGUGGUGUAA